CUACCCUCUCUCGCACCCCUCCUGCCCUUCUUUCUCCCUCAUCCAUCAACAAUCUCUCUAUCUCUCUACCUCACUUUCCACACAAACUAUCAUCAUGGGUUGGUUCGACUUCGGCAGUGACGAGCACCAGGCUCACGAGCAGCUCGCCAACUACGACGGCUCCGAGGAGCACCAGGCCAAGCUCAGCCACGAGCUCAUCGCCGGUGCCGCUUCCUUCGAGGCCAUGAAGGCCUACGAGGAGCACCAGGAGCGUAACGGCAAGCCCGAGAACCACGAGAUGGCCAAGGAGCUCCUUGCUGGUUUCGCCGGUGCCUUCAUCGACCGUGAGAUCGAGACCAAGGGCCUGGACUUCAUCGACCGCGAGAAGGCCAAGCGCCAGGCUGAGCGCCAGCUGGAGGAGGCUUCCCGCCGCGACUACGACUACUAAGCUGGUUGCUGUCGAUUGUUUUGUGAAUUGAGAUAUCCAAUCCGAAUGAAUAUAUGUUCUUAAACUUCAGUGCUUCGCUCUUGUGAAAGGGAGGUGGGCCAGGUGAUGGUGAUGGCUUUUACUGUAUCUCUGUCGUAGAAGUUUUGUUUAUGUAUGAUUGAUUGC